AACCAGUUCCAACCGGUUAGGGGAGGUACAAUAAUUGUGCGUGGUUGGUCCUCUACGGUGCGGGAAUAGUGGUGUGUGCCUGCGUACGGGAGCAACAUCGCUUCUUGGAGAGUUAAAAUAUAUACUGUGGUGUGUGUUGUUCCCUUCUUGUGUGUCGGGAACCCCCUGCCCGAUCGUCGAGUGCGUGAAAAAAAAUUUUUUUGUACCCGGGGGGCUUCAACCGCGGCGCUGGAUAAAACGAGGGAAGUAGCCUGUGAUCCUCUUUGAUGUCGGUGCAAGUUGAUGGGAUGAAGCAGCCGCUCACACCGUUUGGGACGCCAGUCAACGGCAGCAUGAACGCGCUGUCGGAGCAGGCGGCACGUCUGCUCGACUUCUCCCAGAAGCUCGACAUCAAUCUGCUGGACAGCGUUGUCUGCUGCAUGUACACAGGCGAAGGACCACAGCAACGGUUGGCCCAGGAAGUGCUGACGACGCUGAAAGAGCACCCGGAGGCGUGGACGCGGGUGGACACCAUCCUGGAGUUCUCCAAGAACCAGCAGACCAAGUACUAUGCACUGCAGAUCCUCGAGAACGUGAUCAAGACGCGGUGGCGGGUGCUUCCACGCAACCAGUGCGAGGGCAUCAAGAAGUACAUCGUGGGGCUCAUCAUCAAGACGUCGUCGGACCCCGAGAGCAUUGACCGCGAGCGCGUCUACCUCAACAAGCUCAACAUGAUUCUUGUUCAGAUUCUCAAGCGUGAGUGGCCCAAGAACUGGCCCUCGUUCAUCAGCGACAUCUCGGGGGCCAGCAAGACAAACGAGAGCCUCUGUCAGAACAACAUGAUCAUCCUCAAGCUCCUCAGUGAGGAGGUCUUUGACUUCUCGAGCGGCCAGAUGACGCAGGCCAAGGCAAAGCAUCUCAAGGACACCAUGUGCAACGAGUUUUCCCACAUAUUCCAGCUCUGCCAGUUUGUCAUGGAGAACUCUCAAAAUGCUCUUCUCGUCCACGCCACGCUUGAAACUCUUCUUCGGUUUCUCAACUGGAUUCCGUUGGGUUACAUCUUUGAGACGAAGCUCAUCAGCACACUCAUCUACAAGUUCCUGAAUGUUCCUCUGUUCCGCAACGUGACGUUGAAGUGCUUGACGGAGAUCAGUGGUGUUAACGCGUCGCACUAUGAUGAAAUGUUUGUCCUGCUCUUCACUCAGACCAUGGCGCAGUUGGAACAGAUGUUGCCCCCGACGACGGUGAUCAAGGAGGCCUACUCCAAUGGCCAGGAUGACGAGCAGAAGUUUAUCCAGAACCUGAGCUUGUUCCUGUGCACCUAUCUUAAGGAGCAUGGUGCGCUCAUCGAGAAGCGGGCCGACCUUCUUGAAGUUCUGCACGCUGCAUUGCAUUACCUGCUGCUCAUCUCUGAAGUGGAGGAAGUGGAAAUCUUCAAGAUUUGCCUGGAGUACUGGAACGCGUUGGCCUCUGAUCUGUACCGAGAGAUCCCUUAUGGCCUCGGGACAGGUGCUCCGCUGUACGUGGGCGGAGAGCCUGCACGGAGGAGUCCCGGCUCUCCGCAGUCUGCGAGGCGCCUUUUGUACGGACCCGUCCUCACCAAGUUGCGGUACAUCAUGAUUGGCCGUAUGGCGAAGCCUGAAGAGGUGAUUGUCGUCGAGAACGAGCAGGGUGAGGUGGUGCGGGAAUUCAUGAAGGACACUGACGCCAUUCAGCUGUACAAAAACAUGCGGGAAACACUUGUAUAUCUGACUCAUUUGGACUACCUCGACACCGAGCGGAUCAUGACAGAGAAGCUGCACUUUCAGGUCAAUGGCACGGAGUGGUCUUGGAAGAACCUCAACACUCUGUGCUGGGCCAUUGGCUCCAUCAGUGGUGCGAUGCAUGAGGAGGACGAGAAGCGGUUCCUGGUGACGGUCAUCAAGGACCUGCUCGGGCUGUGCGAGCAGAAGCGCGGCAAGGACAACAAGGCCAUCAUCGCUUCGAACAUCAUGUACGUAGUGGGGCAGUACCCGCGCUUCCUUCGCGCCCACUGGAAGUUCCUCAAGACUGUCGUCAACAAGCUCUUCGAGUUCAUGCAUGAAACUCAUGAGGGCGUUCAGGACAUGGCGUGCGACACAUUCAUCAAGAUAGCGCAGAAGUGCCGGCGCCACUUUGUCCAGGUGCAGGUGGGCGAGGCAGUGCCCUUCAUCGAGGAGAUCCUGGCCAACAUGAGCUCCAUCAUCUACGACCUGCAGCCGCAGCAGGUGCACACCUUCUGUGAGGCCGUCGGGUACAUGAUUUCGGCGCAGGCCGACCAGGCCCAGCAGGAACGCCUCGUUGACCGGUACAUGCUGCUUCCCAACCAGGUCUGGGACGAUAUCAUCAAGCAGGCCAGCAAGAAUGUCGACGUUCUGAAGGACCCCGACGCCGUACGGCAGCUAGGCAACAUCCUGAAGACCAACGUGAGGGCCUGCAAGGCCUUGGGCCAUCAGUAUGUAACGCAGCUGGGCCGCAUCUACCUGGACAUGCUGAAUGUCUACAAGGUGAUGAGUGAGAACAUCAGCGCGGCAGUGGCCCUGAACGGCGAGGGGGUCACGAAGCAGCCGCUCAUUCGAUCGAUGCGCACUGUCAAGAAGGAGACCCUGAAGCUCAUCGCCGGAUGGGUGUCUCGCACCACAGACCCUAAGAUGGUGCUCGAGAACUUCAUCCCCCCGUUGCUGGAUGCAGUGCUGUUGGACUACCAGCGGUGCACGGUGCCCGCAGCGCGGGAACCUGAGGUGCUCUCUGCGAUGUCGAUGAUCGUCCACCGGUUAGAGGGCUUCAUCACAUGUGAGAUUCCAAAGAUCUUCGACGCAGUGUUCGAGUGCACAUUGAGUAUGAUCAACAAGGAUUUUGAAGAAUUUCCAGAGCACAGGACAAACUUUUUCCUACUCCUCCAAGCUGUAGUUACUCACUGCUUCCCUGCACUUCUGAACAUACCCCCAGCACAAUUCAAACUCGUCUUAGACUCAAUCAUCUGGGCUUUCAAGCAUACCAUGAGGAAUGUGGCCGACGUUGGUCUGCAAAUACUGUACCAGCUUCUCCAAAACAUAGGCCAAGAAGACGUGGCGUCGCAAAGCUUCUACCAGACGUACUACACCGACAUCAUGCAGCACCUCUUCUCCGUGGUCACGGACACAUCUCAUACGGCCGGCCUGUCGAUGCAGGCAUCCAUCCUGGCCUACAUGUUCAGCAUAGUGGAGGCGAACAAGGUCACGGUGCCCCUCAACCCAACAAUGCAAGCCAACGGCAUCACCAACGUGGUCUAUGUGCAGGACUUUGUGGCAAACCUGUUGAAGACUGCGUUCAGCCACCUCUCUGACGCACAAGUGAAGAUCACUGUUCAGGGUUUCUUCAACCUUAAUCAGGACAUUCAGGCUUUCAAGGAACACCUGAGGGACUUCCUCGUCCAAAUAAGGGAGUACACCGGCGAGGACGACAGUGACCUGUUCCUCGAAGAGCGGGAAGCGGCGCUGCGGCAGGCGGAGGAAGAGAAGCGCAAGAUCCGCAUGCUCGUCCCUGGAAUCCUCAACCCACACGAGAUUCCCGAGGAGAUGCAGGACUGAGCCGCCCCUGUAUUUAUGUAGAGCUCUUGGCCUUUUUCCUUCUUUCCCCCCCUCUUCUACACACCGUCCUUUCCUCGGCUCACAAGUUCCUGUUUCUGCUUGCCCUCUCUUCUUUAUUACCCCACGCGUCGUCCUCUGGAGAGACAGCAACUCCUUGUUCCUCUUCAUCCUCCCAUGUCUUCCUACUUUUUUGCCACAAAAGCUCGUCGCACCCGCCGCACAUCAUUGUUUCACCUUUCUUCUUUUUCUUCCCUUUGCACGCGCACUUUUCUGGUGCAGUACUCACGUUGAGACUAUCGAUGGUUUUACUAGGCACUUUUUGCUUCCUAAAUUAUGCGUGCCCCCCCCCCCCCCCCUCUUUCUGUGUCGGGCACCAUGCGUCUUUCCUCCCCAUCAUACCACUUCUGCAGGCACUCACACAGGCAAACGAAGGCACGGCGUACGAUCUGCUGUGUGCUGUGCAUAUGCCACACACCGUUGUCGCUGCUGCAAAGUGUCGCCGACAGAACGCACCACGAACUUGCGAGCAAGCCGACAUCUCUGAUCCAGCAGUUGCACUGCUGUUUUCGUAAACCCACGGGCUGGCCGCAGCUGAUUGCACUUGCCCGCACAGAACUCUUAACGGGGACGACCCUCUAGCUUCUCUCGGUACGUUCUGCCGGUACACAAGUGCGAGGCAUCUUUUUUUUUUUUUUUUUUUUUUGAGCCCAGCUUUUUUAGAAGCUUGAUGCAAAGAACAGCCGGAACAUUGCGAAUGUUUAUAGAGUCGCGACUGCGGGACUCGGGGACAGUAGUAGCGGACAGAUCUAGAGAAUGUCGUCGUAGGAACAGAAUGGGGGAGGAACGGCGGUCUAUUGCCCCUUUGUGGUGGACGCUGCGAAUGCACAUUGCUGACUUUUUUAAAGUUCUGUUCUUUCUAAUUGCCGGUUGUUCGGUCGCCGCAUUCGUCCGGCGGAGAGGCCCGACUUCCACGCAUGGCUGUGUGUGUGUGUGUGUGCGAGUGGUGGCGGUGCGUGGUUUGUGUGAUUGGUGCCUGCACGGUCUCGGCGGCAAAGGCUUCCUGGAUUCGUCGUCUUCAACGACACCAUCGACUGCACCUCGCAAGCCAACGAAGUGUGCCACCACGUCUGCUUGGGAGGAAUAGGACAAAGAGGAGCGCAUUGUCGGCGUUGAAGCGAGGCGUGAUACACAAGUCUGAAGUUUGCGUCUUGGUACUUUUUUCUUGCCUGUCUUUUUUUUUUUUACGGGUACCAGCAACGACACCUAUGAAACGUUGUUGGUACUGACAUGCAUUUUUACAAUAUUGCCCUUGUGGGGCAGCGUUCUACUGUAUGCUGACGUCUUUUUUCAUUGUUUCCCCUCCUUUCGUCUUGAAUGUGCUAGAUAUUUCCAAGCUAUUUCGCUGUGCUUUGUGCAUAUCCCCUUUCCCUUCCCCACGUGUCGGGCAUUUCAGAAGGUUUGUCGCGUGUCUCUGUUUUCUUGAGUUUUCUCCGUGUCUUCUGUUUGUGCAGGUUUCACCUAUUUAUUUUGGAACAACUCUUCGUUUAACUCUGUCGUUAGAGUCAGCUGAAGUCAGUCACACAGCUCUGAUAUCCUUAUAUAUAUAUUUUUUCUUUUUGAUCGCAUAUUUGUAAAAAGAAAAGUUUUCUUUGUCUCGCAUUCUUCAAGCGCACUGCAGUUUGCGUCUGAAAUUAUUAUUAUUUUUUCGUUUUGGUUUUUGAAAGUUUCGAACAGCGACGCCUAUGGUUGUGCUGCAGUUUUGUUUAGUUAAGACUUCAGUGUUUGCUCUGGUGGGAAGAACUCUGCGAAGAUCGAGGGGAAACCUCACAAGACAAGGAGAAGGCUUCGCUUUUGUCGUCGGUACCCAGUUUUCCAUUCGCUGGAAGAUCGACAGCAAGGCGGCAUCGUUGCGAAGAGAUCGGGAGGUCUUCGGUCAAUGUGGAAGACUCUUCGGCAGGCGCAGCUUCGACAAGAUGGACUUGGACAAAGGCAACGGAGCGAGCAUUUUUUUACACGUCCGUCACCCUUCAUGCGAAGCGGAUGAGAACAGAACGCCCGUGUGAAUGUGUGUGUGGAGAGGCGGCAUUGGGCGGAUUUUUUUGCACAUGCCAGUGUGUGUGAGCGUGUGCGUGCUUCACAUUUUUUUUCUUCCCAUUUUUUUUUCUUUCCUUCCAGCGACGAUGGAACCUGUUUCGAAAAAGAAAAAGCUAAAUGGAGAAAAUGAAAGAAAAAAAAAAGAACUGAUGUGUGCGUGUUUCAAAUCCUCGGAAGAAGCGUGGUUGGUUUUUUGUGCAUUUGGUGUGCUUGAUUGGACAGAUAUAAAACGAUCAUUUGUGAGAUUAAAAGCACUUGGAUGUAUGUGUUCGAAGCAGUUUGUAUCUGUUCCGUCGAAGGAUGCAUCUUUUUUUUUCUUGUUUUCAUUUCGCUAUUGUAGAUGAUUGGAGAGCUAAGAUAAAAAGGAAACUGUUGUUUUCUGAAAGAAUGAAUAAAUGAGCGUUUUUACAUAGUUC